AUGGCUAUGGUCAUAUUCGUUGACAAUGCACCUCCCACUGCAGAAUACCCUGAGAUCGUCACCAUCCAUGAACACACUGCUGGUUUCCUUCUUGCUGCCAGCACAAUGGCUGACAAAUGUUUUCUCUAUCACUACCUGGGGGUAUAUUAUAACAUCCCGGCAUGUAGCAAGCAACCCCCUUGGAAACCACCUUUCUACUGUGUCACCCGUGGCCAUGUGGUGGGUGUGUUACCCAGCUGGGAGCACACUCUAAAUGCCAUUCUGGGCAUCCAUAAUGCCAAAUACGAGGAAGUUGAUACUAUCGCCAUCGGUGAGGAAAAGGUCAGGCUGGCAAUUGAGAAGGGAGAAGUGGAAAUUGUAAACAACUACUAG